CUGCUCUGGAGCCACAGCUUGUUUCCAAUGUCUGGUUUACUCACGGAACACACUUGCGGUAACCGGUCGCAAAUUUUGUGAGUUUCGGAAUUGCCUUUUAAUUCGUCCGGCCUGAAUUCUCUCAAGAAUUUGGAUGAAGCUCGUUCUGACAGGAGACUACCUGCAGGGGUGUCUGUCCUAGCAAGCCACCAAGUACUCAUGGAUGGAAAAAGUUUCAACAAUGAUUGACCCUAUUUUUAAACUUUGAGCCUGGCUGAAGACAAUUAAUUGUGCUAUAUACCUCUUUCCUGCAUUUCCCAGUUCUUCAUGGCCCUCUGAAGCCAUUAAGCCCCUCUUCAGCAAAAGCACUCAACCAAGUGGUUGGUACUAAAAUGAUAUGGGUGGCAGUCAUUGGUGAUUGGUUCAACCUCAUAUUUAAAUGGAUUUUAUUUGGCCAUCGCCCUUACUGGUGGGUGCAAGAAACAAUGAUCUAUCCUAAUCAGUCAAGCCCAUGCCUUGAACAGUUUCCUAUAACAUGUGAAACUGGACCAGGAAGCCCAUCUGGACAUGCCAUGGGAUCAUCCUGUGUCUGGUAUGUAAUGGUGACAGCAGCACUUAGCUACACAGUUAGAUGGAAAGAUAAAUCAGCUGUUACCCUCCACAGACUAACAUGGUCAUUCCUCUGGAGUAUGUUUUGGAUUAUCCAGAUCAGUGUGUGCAUCUCAAGAGUAUUCAUAGCAACACAUUUCCCUCAUCAAGUUGUUCUUGGAGUAUUUGCUGGCAUUCUUGUGGCAGAAGCAUUUGAGCAUACCCCUGCUAUUCAGACAGCAAGCUUGAGAAUGUACAUCAAGACAAACUUGUUUCUUUUCAUCUUUGCCCUUGGCUUUUAUCUAUCCCUCAAGCUUCUUGAUAUUGACUUGCUAUGGUCUGUUCCAAAAGCCAAGAAGUGGUGUGCCAACCCAGACUGGAUAAACAUUGACACAACUCCAUUUGCUGGACUGGUGAGGAACUUAGGUGCGCUCUUUGGUUUAGGUCUUGGAAUUAAUUCUGAAAUGUUCAUCACGAGCUGCAAAGGUAAAAAUAGCCGCAAGAUAAGUUUCCGCCUAUUGUGUAUAGCUGCUUCUUUAGCUACACUGCAGCUGUAUAAUUUUGUUAAGAUACCUACUCAUACUGAGUAUUUGUUCUACAUUCUCUCUUUUUGUAAGAGCGCAGCUAUGCCUCUGACUGUAGUUGCCUUGGUUCCGUACUGUGUCCACUCAUUAAUGAGAACAACUGAAAAGAAACUUAAUUAGGAAAGUUUCAAAAUGGUUAGCAGUGUGGGGAUGGAUGUGAACUGUUGAAGAACCCUCUGCAAAGGCAGUUUUGCUAAUUCAUUUAAACCAAGGGGAUGCCACUGCAUCUUUGAUGUACUCCUGCUAAGUAGCCAGUACAUCCAAAAUCAGGACACUCAAGAAUGACUUUGACAGCUCAGAAAUAUUAGCUGCUGAUUUUAUUCCUAGAAAUAUCGCAAACGCACUGCUGUAUGGUUAGAAUGGCCCAAUGCUCUAGGUCAUAACAAAGUUUUAAAGUAUAAUCAACCAUCUUUAUUUAGCUAUAUGGUGGGGUUUUUUAGUUCUGUCCAUCUCUAGCUAGAUAAUGCUACAAGCACCAGCUGUACAUAGUGUUACUCAAUAUUUCUUUUUUUUAAAAAAUAUAUAGAUACUGUGUGUUAAACUGCUACAUAAUGGUGUGACAGCAUCACACCACCUGUGACUGUAUGGCUGUACCCAGGCACUGUGAAAAAGGCCAGCAUAGUUAUAAACAAGGCUUUAGAUUUAAUUUAUUGAGCUUCCUGAGCAAACCAGCUUCUGAUUAAGUCAGAUGAGAAAAAAAAGUUUAUUUCCAUUGGACCCUGUAGAAUAUAUUUUUGCAUUACUGUGUGGUUUUUGUCAUUUUUACGUUUUGAAAUCGGUCACAUGAAUCAUGAAUGAUACAGAUCACACCUUUGAUAGGGAAAAUGCAGAAAUAUGAUAUAAAAACUUUUUGGGUUCUGUGCAUCUACACAGAGCAACAAAUGAAAAAAGUUGUCAAUAAUGAAACUAGCUCAGUAUAUGACCUCAAGAAUAUUGUUCAUGGUCCUGUAUUGGAAAGGUAAUUCUCUGCUAAUUCUCUCAGAUCAACAGUCACAAGCCUGAAUCACUGUUACUAGUUGUGUAAAUCAUGAAAAUAUGGUUGCAGACUGUCACUUCAAGUUUAUAUUCUUGUCAGCUUUGUUUAACUAAGCACACAAGUAACUAAUUAUGUUGAAUAUAUGUUUGCUAUGUAAAGUGGAUGUUUUAAGUAGGCAAAGGGGGGUACUUUCCAUUUUAUUCAUUAUUUGGCAUCUAUUGUUGUACAUUCCCCUCCAGUGUGCAAUCUUUAAGCAAUAUUUUGCUGAUACCGUCCCAUAAUACUCAAUUUAUAAGCUAUAUAUAUAUAUAUAGCCUUAAUAUGCAAGGCUAUAAUAUGGGUAAUGAGGCUGCAUAUCUGACAGCAAUAAGGCUUAUGAGAUGUAAACGUGAUAUUGCUUCUAAACUUCCAAUUAGGUAGGAGAUAAUUGAAAGAAUCUUAUUUAAUUGGGUAAACAAGGUGAAUAAUUUGGUGUUGGCCUUUGGGAACGAACAAGAUAGAAAUUACAGAAGCAAAUCUGAAACAGGCAUCCUUAAUUAAGAGCCUAGUAACACUACCAUGACUUAAGAAAAUUAAUCAUCUGCUUUUAACAGUCUGCUUCGUGCAUCUCCUGAUAUCUUCUCUAAUGGUUCUCUGAACUUUUUUCC